AGCUUCCACUGCAACGCUUACCCUUCAAAUUUUCGGUAUCCCUUGGUAGACAUUCCGCGUGUUUGGCUCUGAUUUUCUUCAUCUUGUACAUAUAAAGCAUCCCAUAGGAACCGAACUCGAAGGCAAUAGUACCGGAAUUGUUGCCUGACAUGCAUUUCACGAAACCAGCAUGGGUGAUGCACGGGGAUUCAUCUGGGAAAAGCGAUUCCGCGAAACGGCUCUCUAUCUUCUCUGUACAUGUCCACCCUGAUGGCUCUCGUAUUGCGACCGGUGGGCUGGACGCCAAAAUACGAAUAUGGAGCACCAAACCGAUUUUGGUUCCGGCAUCUGAGCUUUCGAACAAGCCACCAAAGUCGCUAUGCACGUUAUCGAUGCACACUGGUCCGGUCUUGUGUGUGCGAUGGGCUCACUCUGGGAGAUGGCUUGCGAGUGGUAGCGAUGACGAGAUUGUCAUGAUUUGGGACCUCGAUCCGAGCGCUCGCGGAAAGGUUUGGGGCUCUGACGAAGUCAAUGUUGAAGGUUGGAGACCCAUGAAGCGUUUGCCGGGGCACGAGAGUGAUGUCACUGAUGUGGCCUGGUCCCCUGGAGAUCGCUAUCUCGCUUCGGUAGGAUUGGACUCGCAGGUUAUCGUCUGGUGCGGAUAUACACUGGAGCGUCUCCGGAAACUCGAUCAGCACCAGGGCUUCGUCAAGGGUGUAUGCUGGGAUCCUGUAGGCGAGUUUUUGGCAACACAGUCGGAUGAUCGUUCUGUCAAGAUCUGGAGAACAACAGAUUGGUCUCUUGAAGCUGAAGUGACGAAGCCAUUUGAGGAUUCUCCGGGGAGCACUUUUUUCAGGAGGCUGAGUUGGUCACCGGACGGUGCUCAUAUUACUGCCUCGAAUGCAACGAAUAAUAAAGGAUUUGUAUUCAUUGCUGCGGUAAUUACGCGAAACACAUGGACGUCCGAGAUUAGCUUAGUCGGCCACGAGAAUACUGUUGAAGUCGCGGCCUACAAUCCACAUAUAUUCUUAAGAAAUCCAAAUCAGCCUGUUUCGACCUCAAAUAUCUGUUCCGUCGUCGCUCUAGGAGCCGAUGACCGGUCGGUAUCAGUAUGGCAGACAAAAACAGCCCGACCACUUAUCGUUGCCAAGGAAGUUUUUGAAAGGCAAAUUAUGGAUCUAAAUUGGUCUUGGGAUGGGCUAACUCUGUAUGCUGCAUCGUCAGAUGGAACAAUAGCGGUAUUCAACUUCGAACCGGAUGAACUCGAGGGCAUCGCUCCGCAUUCAGUCCAAGAUCAAUACUUGUCGAAGUUUGGCUUUGUACCGCCGCCCAUCCCCAAAGGAUAUUCCCACGUUCCCACGCAAAGCCCUUCCACGCCAUCUUCUUCACACCCUCAUUCACAGACUGCCGGAUUUGACAACCAAGUUAAUGGGAGCGGCGGUGAACGGGUCAACAUGCUCGUGGCCAAACGAAACAACAAAAAACGUGUAGGCCUUACACAAGUCCCCGCUGCAGCCAACGGCGCCACACCGAUGACCGGACCGAAGCGAGCAUCUUUGAUACCUAUACAGGAGACCAAGAUGGCUGUUGAUUCUCCUCCUCAUCAGUCGCAAACUACGUCGUUUUUCCCUUCUCCGAACGAGCAGUCUUUCUUCCCAACUCCAAACGAGCAACCUUUUGAAGCGCCUAGCUACAGAUCCCGGCAUGCGGAUAUAGAUAUGGGCGUGCCGAUUGACGCGUUUGAUAUGUCUCCGAACAAGGGAAAAAGAAAGGCAUCAGAUGAAGAUGAAGACUCUCGGCCGGUGUUCAGAACUUUGGGAGGGGAUCGUCCUCGUCACAACAUACCUAUCACAGAGAUUACAAAUUCAGGAAUGGCUAUUCACUCGACAUGGGGCUCAAGCGGUGCUAUUCUGCCAACUCCUGCCAUCUUGACUAGGUCGACGACAGAGGUAGAUGGCAGUGACUGCCUGUUUGAAAGCACGAACUCGGAAGAAAGCGGCUUGUCGGAGGUGUCGUUUGUGAGUGGUAAGCAGACGCUCUGGCUGGACUACUUGUCCUCGCCGGCGUUGGCCAUCAAAGCGACGUCGUCCUACUGUGCUGUUGCUAUGCAAGAUGGCUCGGUAAACGUUUAUUCUCAUACCGGAAGAAGGAUUAUGCCGAAUUUGUGCCUUGGUUCACCUUGUUCUUUCCUGGAUGGCGUGAAGAAUUCGCUGCUAGUCAUCACCGCGUCUGGUCAGGUGUACUCUUGGUCCGUGAAUAAACAGACAUCGUUCUUUCCUCCAGUAUCUAUUGCCCCACUUCUAUCAGCCAAUGUUACCAUCUCCUCAGCCACGACCCGCGCCAACGGCUGUCCAAUCUUCAACUUUUCUAAUGGUAUCGUUUAUUCGUAUGAUCCACAACUCUCCACUUGGGUGAAGGUUGCGGACCGAUGGUGGUCGAGCGGCUCUGAUGUUUGGCCUGGAAGACAGCGUUCCUUAGCACAGUCCGCGAAUCGCGGUGUGUUGGUUGCACUGGAGGCAAGUGUAAGCGAGUCGCCUGAUGAAAGUGCGGCAGAGAAAGCAAGACCAUCUUGGUGGGGAACCGCAUUAACAUUGGGACAUCUGGAGACACGGUUACUUUCUGCCAAAUUGUUAGAUAGUCCGUCGGAGUAUAAGCAGGCACUGCUGUUGUAUUCGAAGAAGAUCGCGGAUGAGGGAUUCAGGGGCAAGGCUGAGGAGUUAAUCAAGGAGCUAUGUGGACCUGUGUAUUGGCGUUCGGCAGAUGAGCAUCGGGAGGUUACCUGGUCGCCUUAUGUGGUCGGCUUGUCGAAGCGAGAUUUACUCAAGGACGUUGUGUUGGCACAAUUUGUGAGGAGUAAGACUCUCACGAAACUAGCUAUGGACUAUCAAGAUCUACUGAAGAAGAUUUCAACUGCUAGUGAUGAUAUAUGAUUAUGAUUACGAUUGAAUCAGCGGACUCUGCAUAUUGUAUCCUUUUUUAAAUCUUAUGUAGCUAUACCAUUUACGUUGCUUGGAAU